GGCUUCAUAUUUCUUCCGCGAAUUGCAUUUUCGUGUAUCCGUCUGCUUUCUCUCUUCUAUUAUCUUCUGGUCCUUCAUCGCCUACCAAAACUGGCUAACUCUCAGGAAGAAAGCAGAAAUAAGGCGGUGGUGAUCGCCCUAUAUGAAGCCCUGAGCUCACGUGACGUCGAGAAAGUCCAGAAGCUUCUGGCCUCCGAUCUCGAGUGGUGGUUCCAUGGCCCGCCGUCGCACCAAUUUUUGAUGCGCAUCCUCACCGGCACUGCCGAUUCCGCCGCCGCCGCCGAUUCGUUCCAGUUCAAGCACCAGACGAUCGACGCAAUCGGCUCCUCCGUGGUGCUCGUCGAAGGCUGCGAUCCGCCGCGCAACAUCACGUGGGUUCACGCCUGGACCGUUACGGAUGGGGUAAUUACUCAGGUGCGCGAGUACUUCAACACGUACCUCACCGUCACGCGCUUCGGCGACGCCGCCGCUGCCUCCAUUGCUCCGCUCUCCUGCACUGCCGUCUGGGAGAGUAGCCUCCCUAAUCGGGGCGGGAAAUCUGUGCCCGGUCUCGUCCUCGCUAUCUGAGGCGGGUGGGUGGGUCACACCCGACCCGUAGUACGUGAAGUACAAGACUAGAAGGCAAGCAUGCGAAUUUUUUCCGCAUGUAUGUGCAGAAAAAGAACUACUGGCUUUAUGGUUGUGUUUGUUUCGUUUGUAGUGAUGUGUUUGGCUUGCAAUAAAAUCGUUUCGUUUGAUUGGAUAAUUAGUCUAUAGAAAGCCUUUUUUUUUUUUGCUGUUA